UUAUGACGCGUCCACUGUACUGGUCUAGUUGGCGAAACAUUUAUUUUUGUUGAAGCCCACAUACCAUGACUGAACAAUCAGCACUACUUCUUCGAAAGCAAUUGGCAGAACUCAACAAGAACCCAGUGGAGGGCUUUUCAGCUGGCCUAAUAGACGAUGACGAUAUAUACAAAUGGGAGGUUGUCAUCAUAGGGCCACAAGACACCCUUUUCGAAGGAGGUUUUUUUAAAGCAUACCUGACCUUUCCCUAUGAUUAUCCUCUACGGCCUCCCAAGUUGAAGUUCAUCACUGAAAUCUGGCAUCCUAAUGUGGCAAAGAAUGGCGAUGUAUGUAUCUCAAUUCUGCAUGAGCCAGGAGAGGACAAGUUUGGCUAUGAGAAGCCAGAGGAACGUUGGCUUCCUAUCCACACUGUAGAGACGAUUAUGAUCAGUGUAAUCUCCAUGCUGGCCGACCCAAACAGUGAAUCGCCUGCUAAUGUGGAUGCUGCGAAAGAGUGGAGGGAGGAUCCAAAUGGUGAAUUCAAGAGGAAGGUGGCUUGCUGUGUACGGAAAAGCCAGGAGAUGGCAUUUGACUAGAACCCAAACUCAAUGGCUAAAGGACAUGGGUUCAGAAGGAAAAUAGUCAGUUCAGCAAAAGGCUUUAGCACCCCUUCUUUUGCCAUUCAAGGGAUUUGGUUGGUCAGACACUUUUUCAUUUUUUUUCUGAGAAGUCGUUGUUUUUCGUAAGAGGAAUGAAUGUGAGAAACCUACCAGUGAAAAUUUCCCUCCAUUUCCUAACUGGAAUUCUAUAGAAUUCUAAAUGUAAUUGUAUUUAUUUUGGAAAAAUAUAGAUUAGAUUUAAAGUUUAAUAGUCACAUGUACAGGGUUGCAAUGAUGUAAGAUGUCACUACUGUAAAUUAACUUGCUUUUUUUAUCUGCUGCUGAACAGUUUUUCUACUCCGUAUCAGGUUUCUUAUGCAAUUUGUUUGUUGUGCUUGAAGAAUUUAAAACACGUGAAAGUUCUUCUCGUUAUUAGGUUCUCACCAAGUGUCCCAUCCUCACAAUCACCUUUACAUAAUGUCGGCCUGCCUGCAAAACCUUGUCAAACAUGUUUUUGUCGUUCCACAAUCAUUUGAUCCCUCUUGCCUAAUGCUAGUUCUACUCUCUCGUGGUGGUUUUUCUCUCCCUGGAGGGUUUGUGAGUGUGCUUGUUGACUGGGUCCUUUACCCAGAUAAUCACAAUGUCUGCUACCAAUCAUGUCACAGUCAAGUCUCUGAGGUCCUACUCACUCCGUUUUAAUGAAACUUUCUGAAGCAACCAAGAAGUUAUGUUAAGACUGAAGCUAUGAUUAUUCAGUGGAUAUACCGGUUUGCUGGGAUCUGAAUUUACCUCAAUUUAAAAGGAUUACACAUUUGUUUUCAGGUUUUAUGGAUGUUUUAUUUGUUCUUAGUCUAGUGUUACAUGGGAGCUGUAAGUGGCAUUGACAUAGAACUUGACCCUCUGAGGUUGUUUCUGGGUGAUGGGUGGCACAUUUGGCUUCUUGGUGCAUGUGUACAAUUAUUAUUUAUUCAGAUCUUGUACAAUUCACAAUUACCCCAAGAUUUAUAUUCUGAUAUGUGUAUUCAGAUGAUAUGAUUACAAACGCCUCAAACUCAGGCAGUCUAAUUUUUAGUUAUGGGUGCAGCCUCUUGCGGACAACAUGUUUUUCUUUGCUCUAAGGACUAACAAAAGUCUCAUGAUAAUAACUGCCAUAUACCAUCUGUUUACUCUUGGUGAACAAGAGUAGGCAUGCAAUUACACCAUUAGUUAAAACAGUUCACAAUAUGCAGAAGGCAUCUAGAGUUGUUUUGUCUUAUUAUAUGGGAUUUUGCUGUUGGAUUGUUGAUCAAAUCAAAUUUUGUCACAUGCGCCAAAUACAACAGGUGUAGACCUUAGAGUGAAAUGCUUACUUACAAACCCUUAACCAACA